GUGGAAUUGAUUACGAAUGGUAAUCUUUAAUCUUGUACGUAAUUAUUGUAAUCCCUCGAACAGCUGGCUAUUUUUAUACUGUUUUCAUGCAACAUUUGCAAAAUCUGAAACGAUUUUCCACUCCAAAAGGGGGCUGUUUUAACUAAAGAGCUAUUUAAAAUGGUUUACUUUUUUGAAAUCUCUCGCAAAGAACCGAUCGAAGAUUUUUACGAGCUGGGACGCGAGCUUGGCAGGUAUGAUCUUUCUAUAUUGAAUAUAUACAUAAGGCAUAAAAUGACUUGCUGUAUGAUUGUAUACUGACAAUAAUCGUUAUUUCUCUCGUAUUUUAGAGGCGCUUCAUCGGUUGUAAAGCUUUGUACUCAAAGGGGAACAGCAAACGAAUACGCUGUAAAAAUCAUCAAGAAAAACGUACGUGAUAUUGUUUCUAAAAUGUCAUUUUAAAGCUACUGUUUUGGGAUAUACAAAAAGUUAAUGUUUCGCUCUGAAUGCCAAUUAUUUACCGACCAAUUUCGGGGUUUUAACAAGCUAAUUUUGCGGUUAAGGAUGUCGAAGACUUAAAAUAAAACGUUCUUAAGUACAUCGCGGUUUACAAAAUGUACUCUUGACAAGCAAAUGAACACGAAUUGUGAAGCAGGAAGGACGCCAUUUGUCACUAGGAUACAAAACAACACUCGCACAGUACGCGGAACAGUCGAGAACAAACGAAGCGAAUUAUAAAAUGUCUAAACUAUAAAAUUCACAGCAUGGUUGCGUGUUUCGGCCGAAUAAUGAUGUAUGUAUCUUCAAUGAUGUAUGUAUCUUUUGGCUACAUUGCCAACGCUGUGAUUCAAGUCUUCUAUAUAGGCAAUUUGGACAUUUUAUGAUUUGGCAAAUAACCCAGAUGGGGGAAUGCGCUCAAAUAUAUUUUUAAAAUGGCCUCAACCUUUGAACCUGGCAAACCAGCUGGUGCACAGUAUUGGCACAGAAUAAGGCACACAGAAGGUCGACUCGAGUAACCGCUGACACGCCAUGAUUCAUCAUCAAAAUGCUGACGUCAUGGUCCUAUCCAGUGCGCGUUUGAGAGGCAUUCCCCCCUGUACGUCCGCCAUUUUGAAUAUUAUCAGGGGGGUGAAUGCCUCUCAAACGUGCACUGGCUAGGACCAUGGCGUCAGCAUUUGAUGACGAAUUACAGGUUACGCCAAAAUCAUAGGAAAAACCAAGAAGUCGGCCUUCUGUGUACCCUAUUCUGUGGUAUUGGCUAUGCUGAGGUCUGACUUUGUCACAAGUCAAUAUAAACAUUGCUGUCACCAGCUGCUACGUUUGUUACCCAGUGUGCUUGUAUUAGCUUGCCAACUUAAACGUCUAAGACAAGCCCACCUCAGUUUAAUUGAUUUUUGGGGUGACAGUCGCUCUGUGCACUUGGCUGGGAACGGGAGUGGUGUCUCUGUAGCUUACUGGUCUACUACUAGUGUGUUACACCACAGACAUUCAUUCCUUUGAAUGUAUGUGGCUAUGGUUGCACAUGAAUCACAGGCACAGAGUAGAUAUAUACAGAGCUGUAACUGGCUGUUGUAAACACUGUGGAAACUAACGUUUUCAUGUACCUACUUUCGUUCAACCGACCAGGCAACAAAUGAUCAACUGCGUGUGAUCGGCAAGUUCCGUGAGCAGUUAAAGCGAGCUGCUAUCCAAUGGGAUGCAUGCAUCUAGUAACUUCUACCAGAGGGGCCAGUCUUUAUUGUUCCUAUCAAAUAUUAAAAUUCUUAUUUUUCUCAGGUUGAAACAAAGAUUGUUCGGACAGAAAUAGGAAUAUUGUUGAGACUUAAACACCCUAACAUAGUAAGUUUAUAUAUAUAGAAAUGUUGAUUUUCUAGGAUCUGGCUUGAAUUUAACAAUAAUGCAUAUUUCUGAUCUCACUGUUAUUUAGAUCCAGUUGAAAGAUUUAUUUGAAACAGACAGCCAUCUUUAUAUCAUCCUUGAACUUGUUAAAGGUGGAGAACUGUUUGAAAGGUAGGCCUUACCCUUAUUUAAAGGUUUGUAGUUACUUAGCAACAUACACAAAGGGGAAAAUAACUAGGGGAAAAUAACUAGUACAGAGCUCGAAAUAACGUUCCCGAUCACGGUGAUUGGCAAUCACAACUUUUUGCCAAUCAAAUCAAAAUUUGGCCAUUCAGGAGCAUUGAUACUGGAAAUUUCAUGUACCGGUACUGCUGGUAUGAAGUUUAAUACUGUGUGACUUCUAUUUGUUUCAAGAGUGGUUGAAAGAGGUUGCUAUACCGAAAAAGAUGCAUCAGCUGCUGUUCGAGAGUUGUGUGAAGCAGUUGCAGUAAGACAAUUGUGUUGUAUAAAUUAGCUUCAUUUUACAAUAUUUAACCUGUUAGGUUGCAUUAUAUUACAGGCUGUUAGAACUUUGUUAUAUUGCUAGUUUAGGCCUAAAAAAAUACCUGUGGUUCCAGUUCGUGACGACCCAAUUUUUUUCUGCUGACCCUAUUAUUUUUAAAACACGAUUGACCGUGUGACCCUAGUUCUGCUAUUUGAAAAGGGAGUUCUGCUAUUUGAAAAGGGAGUUUUGCCAUUUAAAAAGGAAAUCCUGCUAUUUGAAAAGGGAGCUCUGCUAUUUGAAAAGGGAGUUCUGCUAUUUGAAAAGGGAGUUUUGCUAUUUGAAAAGGGAGUUCUGCUAUUUAAAAAGGGAGUUCUUCUGCUUGAAAAGGAAGUUCUGCUAUUUGAAAAGGGAGUUCUGCCAUUUGAAGAGGGAGUUCUGCUAUUUGAAAAGGGAGUUCUGCUAUUUGAAAAGGGAGUUCCGGCAUUUGAAAAGGGAGUUCUGGUGGUUGCGGGCUGCUAAUACAGCAUGUCAAAAUGGCAUCUGUUGUCACACUACAGUAAUUACUGAACCAAAUUGCCUAAAUUGGUCCAUAGGAAAUACACAUCUUUAGGCCUUACUUCAAACUGCUUUUGACCUUUUUAACAGUAUCUUCAUGAAAACGACGUUGUGCAUCGUGAUUUAAAGGUAUGAUGUUUAUAGUUUUUGCCAAUUCACUGCCUCAUGUCACAUGUUACUCCAUCUAACACCAUGAAUUUUAAGAAAAGAUGACUAAGGCCAGUGUCAAACGUGGGACUUUUCAUGCGCUGAACCUAAUGCAAAUGAAGUGAAACAAAGAACUUAGCUCACUAACAUUAGAUUCGGCGCAUGAAAAGUUCGACGUUUGACCCUAGCUUAAUAUUGCACAUUCAAGGCUUGAUCAAUUUAAAAUUUUAUCUUCAGCCAGAAAAUCUUCUUUAUGCAACUGAUACAGAUGAUUCAAUUCUAAAGUUGGCUGACUUUGGCCUGUCAAAGAUGUUGACGACAGACAUACUGAUGCAGACGGUCUGUGGUACGCCAGGAUAUUGCGGUAUGUUGAGGGACAAUGGGACAUUACAUUGUCUCAAUAGGCUUGGCCCUGGAGGAUCUUGGCUACUGUGGUCAUAAGGUUCAUUUGCAUUAGUCUUGCAAUUUUGAUACAUGUCAAUAAUUAGAUGAGUUAUGGAUGUUUUCAGUGUACGUACUUUCAUCUAAACAUUCAUAACUCAUCCACUUGUUCACAUCCAUCGGAGGGAGAAAAUCACACUAAAAAUCACAAGAAAAAUUGUAAGUCUUGUUGAUCAGUGGCUGGGAAACUCCGCUCAUGAGCGUGACAAAUUAUGUUCAUUUGAGUCAACUAAUAAUUGUGUUGUUCAGGGUUAGUAAGCUAGCUCAAGGUAUUAUGUUGACUUCUUUAUAGCACCCGAAGUUUUAAUGGGUAAAGAAUAUGGCCGCGAAGUCGACAUGUGGGCAGUUGGGGUCAUUGCGUAUAUUUUGUAAGUAUUGUAUAUUAAAAUUUAUAUAUAUCGGAUGGAUUAUCUGUCAAAACUGAUAAAAAAUUAUAUAGUUAAAACCAAGUAUUUUGUCAGGCUUUGUGGAUUCGAACCAUUCUACGAUGAACGAGGCGAUCAAGCAAUGUUUCAGAGAAUUUUGAAAUGUGAGUUUGAAUUUGUGGAACCUUGGUGGGACGAUAUCUCGCUCAGCGCCAAGGUAACUACCAAAUUUAUAAAGCUUUGUGCCUUGGUCUUUAACGUGAGAAAGAGUUGCAUUAGGGCAUUAGAGAUUUCUUUAAUGCGUUACUAUCAAGAAACGCAGACCAAAACUGUAAUUAUAUGUGCUUAGAGAUAAAGCCGAACAAGGUCUUAUGUAUCAAAAUUUCUAGCUCUGCAGCACAAAAGAAGAUGAAGAAUUUUUACCUUUAAAUACUAUUGUUAAUAGACUUUCUUUAAGUAACAUUUUAUCAUGUUGACUUAUAUGUCUUAGUUGUAUCUCUAAUUAGAUUUAUAUAUUACCAUCCUCAAUACUUUUUGCGAUAACUCGGCAAUUCAGUUCUUGUAACUGUGAGAGAGUUUGAACAAACAUUUAAUUUCGUUUAUUUCUACAGGACUUGGUGAGCAAACUAAUUGUUUUGGAUCCAGCAAAGAGAUUGACAGCGAAACAAGCUUCACAUCAUCCUUGGGUUCAAGUUAGUUUCCCUAUAUACUUCUUGAUAUACUAAAUAUUAAGUACAAAUCUACAAACAGCAAUGAAUAUAUAAACCAUUCUAUAUCAUUUCCUUUGGGGUGUUUGGAAAACUGUGGUUAGUGCUUCUCCCUUUCAUCGCAUGUAUGUAGGUUCUCUUGAGCUGUAAGCUGCGUAUGGGGAAGAGUUUUUUCAAUCAGUUCGCCUCCACCAAAUGCCCAAGAUUUUCUCUCUGUUUUAUCUGUUCCUAUGAGCAAUAACACUGGAUGACCUGGAUCAGUAAGCGGCGACAUUUGUUAUAGAGCUACCCAGUUUAAGCAAAGUUGAACUAAGUUUUUCUCUGUAGAAACAAUAGGGUAUUAUUCUUAAAAUUCAACGGCGCACCGUUUAAAAUUGAUAGAACCAUAUGGAAUAAAUGAAAGUAUAAAGUAGUUUAGGUUUUGCCAUGGUUGUAGACCUGUAGGGGAUGACUUUUACUGGACCUCUUGGGAAGGCAAUUCUACAGAACUGAUUCUUUUAAAGCUGCUCAGUAUAGAUAAAAUUAAGUUUUACAACAUUUAUGGUUACUCCGAACUAAUUCAUUUCAUAUGUUGAUAUGUUUUCAUUUCAUAUGUUAUGUUUUCAUCCAUUUUUAAAUACCCUUUGCAGGGCAAGGGCGCCAAGUUAGACCACAUGGGAAAAACACAGGAGAAAUUAAAAGAUUUCAACGCCAGAAGGAAGCUCAAGGCUGGAAUGUAUGGUGUUAUGGUUGUUCAAGACAUGACAGUCAGGGCUGGCAGGCGGGCAAGUGCUGUCAAAGACGAAUAAAAAUGAAUUUGUUUCCAAGUGCCACUAUAAGCCCAACGAUGACUUUUUGGUGCUUGUAAUUUGUGGGUCAUUUUGAGAAAAAAUGCAUGAUAUUUUUCUGUGGUAGAAACCUCUUCUUAAUCAACUUGAAUUUUUAGCAGCAAAAGAAACGAAGGAAAACUAGUUUGUAAUUCAUCUUAUCACAGGAAUUUUUUUACAAAAUCGUUAAUGGUUUUGAUCAAGAGGAGUAAUGAGGUUCCUUACUAUUGAAAUAUCGCGCAUUUCUUUUCAAACUGCCGCAAAUAUUACGAAUGUCGGAAGUCAUAUUUGGGAUAGUCAGCUGCACUUUAUUUUUACGUGGAAGCUUCAACGAGAAGAGUCAGAAUACUGCUUGACACCACAAAUCGGCAAUGACAUAAUUUGUAAUGUUGGCUGCGCAUUCAAAAAAUACGCGAAAUAUUUAUUUUUAACUUAUCUACGAAGUAAUUGCGCAGUCCAUAGGGAAUGGCCGGUAUGAUGUGGAUCUCGACCAAAGUCAUUCCCAUCUUUUUUCAUGUUUAUGUGCGAUUGUUAUAACAGUAUGUAUUUGAAUUUUUCUGUGUUGGUGUUGUGUACUCAGGUGAAUAAUAUGUUUGCGAUGUUACUCUGAGUGCAUAUCCACACCGGGCGAGCUUGAAAAAUAUGCUCGGC